AUGGCUCUGGUGCAAGGCAAAUGGAUCAAGCUUGAUCAAAAGGGAACUGGGCCUGGAGCAAGAAGCUCACAUGCCAUUACCCUAGUAGGACAGAAGGGCUAUGUUUUUGGUGGCGAAUUCACGCCACGUGUCCCCGUUGACAACAAACUCCACGUGUUCGACCUCAAGGAGCUGACGUGGCAUGUGAUCGAUGGAACCGGUGAUGUCCCGCCGCCACGUGUUGGUGUGACAUUGGUAGCUGUUGGACAAAUCAUCUAUGUUUUUGGUGGUAGGGACUAUGACCACAACGAGCUCAAUGAGCUCUAUUCCUUUGACACAUCUACAAACAACUGGAACCAAAUUUCUAGCGGGGACAUUGGGCCCCCUCAUCGGAGCUACCACUCCGUGACCGCCGAUGACCGCCAUGUGUAUAUUUUUGGCGGCUGCGGUGUGGCCGGCCGGCUUAAUGAUCUAUGGGCCUACGACGUGGUCGAUAAAAAAUGGAUCCAAUACCCAAAACCGGGUGACAAUUUGAAGGGGAGAGGCGGGCCUGGCCUGCUAGUCGUCGAAGGGAAAAUAUGGGUUGUGUAUGGCUUUACUGGAGAGGAAGCUGACGAUGUGCACACCUUCGACCCAGCCCAUGGGGAGUGGACUCAAAUUGAGACAAGCGGUGAGAAACCAACGGCUCGGAGUGUAUUUUCUACAGUAGCAAUCGGAAAAUACAUAGUUAUAUACGGUGGGGAAGUGGACCCUAGUGACUUGGGCCACAUGGGUGCCGGGAAAUUUGCUGCCGAGGUCUAUGCACUGGACACAGAGACAUUGGUGUGGAAGAGGUGGGAUGAUGGGCUUGGCUCGAGCCAACAUCCCGGGCCUCGCGGGUGGUGCGCUUUUGCCCGCGGGCAGUGGGAUGGAGAAGUGGGCCUUUUGGUGUAUGGCGGAAACUCACCAACUAAUGAUCGCCUUGGUGAUAUUUUCUUCUUCACUCCUUAUUUGGAAGCAAAUGGUAAAUGA